CAAUAGGGUUAUUGUUUUUGAAGUUGUUUUGUUGAAUGCAGUAGUCACUGUAGGAAAAAGUUUAUGCAUUUUCUUUGUUGUUUGCUUUGUAUUUUAUGUUCCUGUGUGCAUGUUAGUUAGGAUUCAUUGUUUUCUAUAUGAAGUUGUGUUGUUUUUAUUAUACUAGUACAUUUGUAACCGACACAGGCUUGAAUUUUAUUGCUCAUUUUAAAUGCGGGUUCUUGAUUGGUCUAUGAAUUUAUUUUGCACUUUUCUCUAUAUCUCAGAUCUGGAAGAAAGUUGGUUGAAUUAAUUAAUGAAAUUCGAGUGUUAGUUGUGAGAGUAAUAGUCUAUAAGGUUUUGGAUUAUUAGAUUAGAUAAUUAGGGGCCUCAAUGUUGGUGGUUUGUUGACUUAACAUUAAUGCUGUCUAAUCUUAUCUCUUGCAACAGAUUUUUCGGUUACUGAUGUAAUUUAGAUUUAGUUUCAAUUUUAAAUCAUAGUUGUUUUAGAAGUUUGUUACGCAAUUAUAUGUUUCCGCAGAGUUCAAGUCUGACCGGUUAAGUCUCACGUUGAUUACGAAUGAGCGAAAUGUUGGAUGUAUAAGAGAGCUGCAACGAUUGACAAGCAUUGGUUCUUUUCGUAUCCUGUGACAUUCAACUGGCAAUAACUGUAACAAAGCUUGGAGAGGUACUUCUAAUCUUUAGAAGGAUAUAAUUAUAAGUAUUCAUCCUAGAAUUAUCAUUGUACGCGAUGGAGGUUUGUGCUGAAACUACGCAUUCCAAUGGGAAACAAACUUUGAAGCAUUCUAAAUCUGCAAUUGAAGUAAAAAGAUCAAGCGAAAACACCUACAGAUACUUUCAUUCCAAUCAUGUGAAGCAGAAUUUAAAGCAAACUUCCACUUUUGUCAAUCACGCUGCAAAUGCUUGGCAUGAGAAUAGAAAAAAGUGGAUCGGCGAUAAGUCUCAGAAUUCACCAAGAACACCUAAGGAUCCAAUUAUUAGCUGGUCGACAUCAUAUGAAGAUCUGCUUUCUACUAGCGAACCUUUUGCGGAGCGCAUACCAUUGCCUGAGAUGGUAGAUUUCUUAGUUGAUAUUUGGCUUGAUGAAGAAGGCUCCUUCGACUAAACAGUAACUGAAACAAGAAUGAAGAACUGUGUAAAGCCUUUAACCUGCAAUGACCUCAAUUAACCUCUUAGCACAGCAUGAUUUGAUGGAGUAAUAUUCUUCAGGGUUAAAAUUUAAAUGGGUGUAAAUUUAAAUGCAAGAGGAGAGAGCUCAAAUCCAACAAGGAAUGAAACUCCUACAACAGAUGCAAUUGGAGCUCCGCUCCGAGAGGCCUAAAGAGAUGUUUAUAAAAGAGCAUGUAGAAUCUGUGGGUACGAGCACUAACGGAAGUUGCUCAAAGGUUAUGACUACUGAAGAUUUAACUAAAAAAAUGGAUGCUUCUGAAGAUUACCUCAAAAAGAUUAACAAUCUCAAGGAAAAUUCAUUCUCUCUAGAUUUGGAUCAUGAAACAAGUGAACUCUCAGUUUUUAUUGAUAGGGUGGAUCUUAUAUAUAGAUAUAUUUUUGUUCCAUGAAUGAUUUAUUGGUACAAGUUACAUGAACAAAGUGGUUGAAUUUUUUUCUUACAUGAAUACAAUUUUUGUUGAUGUAUGACUUGGUGCAAGAUUCUAAAGAUUAGAGAAAUGUUUGUUUUGGUUAUUUUUGUUUUUUA